ACCGGCGCUCCCGGGCCGCCGCCGGGACGCAAAAGGCGUGGUCGGCGCAGGCCCCAGGCCCAGCCCCCCCGCCAAUGGCCUGCUGCGCCGGCGCCGGGUUCUCCAGGUCCAGCCUUCCCUCUCCAACACAGGGCUGGGCGCAUGCGCCUGGAAAGGCGAACAUGGAGAACUGUUUGGCGGCUGCGGCGCUGAACGGGGUGGACCGACGUGCCCUGCAGCGCACCGCUAGGCUGGGUCAAGAAGUGCUGGAGCGGGCCAAGAGGAGGGCGGUGGACUGGCAUUCGCGGGAGCUCCCCCAAAGCAGCGUGGGGGUCACUUCCCGGGAACAGCCUGACCGAGAAAGACGGCCAGCAGCCGGCCCCCAGCGCCUUCUCCCGGGAGAGAGAGAAGAAAGACAACCAACCCUCAGUGCUUCCUUCAGAACAAUGGCAGAAUUCAUGGACUAUACUUCAAGUCAGUGUGGGAAAUAUUAUUCAUCUGUACUGGAGGAUGGAGGGGCAGCCCACGUCUCUCGUUAUCACAGAAGGAAGUCGGAAUUGCAUUUGUGCUGUGACAGGAGGAAUGGUCAGAGAAAAAACACCUCUCUUGGUCUUGGACUCAUCUGUCACGCAUCAGAGUGUGCUCUAGAGGCCUCUCAGCAGCCUGCUGAGAACAUCUCUAAGGACCUCUACAUAGAAGUAUAUCCAGGGACCUAUUCCGUCACUGUGGGUGCAAAUGAUUUAACCAAGACUCACGUGGUAGCAGUGGACUCAGGACAAAGUGUGGAUUUGGUCUUCGCCGUAUGAUGUUGACCAUCACGGCCAUCGCAUCACCUUUUCUUAAGUAGCAAGAAGAAUAAAGUCACCAUAUGAUUCUCUUAAUAUUUACACAUUACUCCUGCUUUUAGUGCUGACUGUAGAGGGUCAGUCUUCCUGGGAACUGGAGUUUGUCUCUUUCAGUGCCUAUUUUAACUUAAAAUUCGGAAGUGCCCGCCUCCCCCCCCCCCUUGGCUGAAAAUAAUAAUGUAAUGAUGCUAUCUGAAUGGUUUUUAACUGCUUACUUUCCAGGUAAAGGCUAAUUAUAAUAAAGGGAGAUGAUUUGGAAA